AUACAAAGUUUUGCCCAGCCAAUAGGCAACAGCAGUAAAUAAAUUCGCUUUCCUUUUUCAACUGCGUUUUUUCCGAAGCAAGACUGCAGUAGCUUUUCCCAUUUUAUUCGCGUCAAAAGUGACAAAAACUUACCGCGGUUUUAAAUUUUCCCGCCCUUUCUAUAUCUCCUUUAUCCCCUCCAAACUGAAUCUUUCUUUUUCUCAUUAACCCAAGAUUUAUUUUCCCUCUUCGUCGUCUCUUUCCACUCCUCGUGCUCCAAGAUAUGGAGUCCAUGUCCCUCGAAGAGGCGGAGCAGGACCAAAAGGUCCGAUCCCUUGGAGUCGGUAGUCCUGGAUUUUCAGCCAUACCGGCAGCCGUGAAGCGCACCGCCCCCGGUGUCCGGAUUUCAACACCCAUCAAGCAAGAGCCUAAAGAUCCCACUUCCUUUCACGGCUUAAACUCAGAGGUCCAAGUCGUAUUCGGGGACUGGGAGUAAGUUUCUAGUCAAAGAAGAACCUAUUUUGGAGCACAUGGCAGUGGAAGACGGUGCUCGUGUCAAACAAGAAAUGGACAUUGAAUACGUUAAGCAAUCGACACCGAAAGAGGAAGGCCAGGUGAAAGAAGAUAAGCACGAGGAAGCUGAGAUGAAAGGGACGCAAGCGCCUCGUUCGGGUGCUGAACGGGCGAAGCUCAGUGUCCCGUUUCAUCCUGAUUUUGUGAAAGAGACAACAACAGCUAUUGUGAAGAAAGGAGGGGUAACAGAAGACCGAAGAUUGAGUAGCAUAAUGCUGGAGGAUGGGGACUUCCCCGAGGAAUGCGAUUGGUAUUUGGUUGGGGGAGCUGUGGUCCAGGGGCUGUCCACUACUAAAGGGAGGAAAUUGGUGGAUAAUGAGAUUGUCCAUUUCACUUUUCCUUCUUCGAAAUCAAGGUUGCUUCAGUGGAUUUUGUUCGCUUCUCUACCAAAAGAUACAGAGAGAAUAUAUAUAGCCAUCAGCAAUGACACCAUAACAGAAGAAACAAAAAUAAAACAGAAUACAGGGCACAGGGGCACCAUAACAGAAGAAAACAAAAAUGCAGGAAAACAUACAGAGGCAGGAAAACAUAAUGCAGGAAAACGUACCAGUGCUGGUACGUGGGCAGCGGACAAAAGAAAAAAGGAAUAAAAAAACGGUUACAAUUUAAAUAUAUUAAUUAUUUUUAAUACUCCCCCUCAAGAUGGAAGGUACAGAUUUAUUGUGCCCAUCUUACUCAGU